AAAUAAGAAAAAUCGAAGAUGUUAUCUAAUUAUAAUACAAGAGAAUUUGUGGCCAAUUCGCAAAAUUUUACAUUGCGACUUUCUGAAGAUUCAACUGUUGAAGAUACAUAUGAUUUUGUUACAAUCAGAAAGACAAAAAAUAAGGAUGAUAUUAUUGUGAUUAGCGAUUCAAGUUGUAGUUCAUCACCUAAGCAUAUUGACACAUCACAAUCUAAAUCUACUUCAGUAUCUAAUGUUAAUAAGAAGAAAGGAGAAUUUACAAGACAAAAUUAUCAGAGGUUACAUUUGUUAGAUACUUCUUCAGAAAGCGAAGAAGAAAAGCCUAAUUCUUCAUGGAGAAGACUAGUCAAAUCUGACAAUAAAUCCUCAGAUAAGAAAUACUCAGAUAAAAUAAAUAAAAUAAAUAAAUCUGUUAUACAAAUUGAAAAGGCAUUUUGUACUUCUGAUGAUACUACUAGCAGUAGUGAUGGUAAUAGUAACCAUAUUAUUAAGGAUGGAAUAAGUAAUUUAAAAAAAUCUUAUGCUACUCCAUUAGCUACAUUAAUAUUUCCGGAGCGAAAACUGAUAAAUCAAAAAGUAAGAGAAAAAUAUGACAUUAAAGAGACAAAUAAAGUAGUCACGCCAAGUCGUGCUAAAUACAAUUAUAAUUUCGAUACUUGCAAUAGAGAAAAUAAAUUAAUUUUUAACACUCCGGAUAAAGAUGAUACAGGAAAAAUAAAACUCACAAAGCAAGAUACUCAGAAAAUUUUGAGGAAUAUAAAGGCUACACGAAUUAUAUAUGAUUCUCCCAGACAGAAAAAAGAAACCAAUGUUAUAAUUGAUGAAAGUACAGAUAUAGAUGACAUAAUGCAUCCAGCUAUGUCACCCAGGAAUAAUAAAAACUUGAAGAACUCAGUCGAACCAAGUCAAAGUCCUGAUGUUAUUAAUAUAAGUCUCAAAAAUGAUAUUAUUCCUAACUCACAAGUGGAUUUGUCAAAACGAACAAAAACAUGCUUCAGAGAAUUUUCAAAUACACCAAAGAAAGAAGACCUUUAUAGACCUCUGUCUGAAAAGAAAAAAAUACAAAUUGCAGAGUGGCUUAUGACAAAUUCAGCAGAUUCUCGAAAUGACAGUUCUUAUAGUCAUGUAUCUCGAAGCAACACAAAUAGCAUAAAUUCUGGAAACAGUAGUUUGGAAAGAUUAGAAAUGAAAUAUGAAACUCCAAAUAACAGAGGAAAAUUUAACAAGAUGCAGACAGAUGAGAAAACUAUAAUAUUAAAUUCUGAUGAUUCUGACAAAGAUUCAUUGACACAUCAAACUGCAUUGAAUACAUUGGUUCCAAAAUCUAAAAAUAAUAUAAAUUCUGAAUUUUGUACACCAGAUAGACUGAAGAUCUUACCAAAAAUACAUACUGACAAAAAAAUUUCUCCUGUAAACACAUCCAACAAAGAUGUAAUAGACUGUGCAGAUAUUUUAGAUAAAUUGUAUGGCAAAUCAUGGAGAGAUAAAGCUAAUGCAUUAAUACCAACAAGUGAACCACGGAAGACAUCUGUUCAUACAGCAAAUAGGAUUGUCCAAACAGAACGAAAACCUGUAAUAAGGAAGAAACAUUAUGUAGCAGACUCAGAUUCAGAUGAAUCUGACUUGGAAGAAAAUAAUAUCAAACCAAAUCAAGGAAGAAAAAUCCAACAAAAAUAUAAAAAGCGAGAUAGUUUUAUUAAUGAUGAAUCAUUAUCAGGCAGCGAUAUUGAGAGUGAAUAUCAUACUGCAUUAACAAAUCCUAGAACUUCUGUAAAUAGUACAGCUACUAAACCGGUGUCAGUUCCAGCUUCAAUUAAACGGCUUCAGACAAUAUGUGAUACAGACACUGAAGAUGAAAAUGAUAAAUCCACUACAAGUUCUAAGAGUUUGUUGAGGAAGAAAUUAUCAUUUAGUGAUGAUGAAAGUUCUGACACGAGUGAAUAUGAUCCAGGAGAUUAUGUACCACCGAAAAAUAUAUAUAAAAAAAAAGCUACUACAAAGAUACCACAGCUAUUGAAAGUGACAUCCAAAAUAGAAUCAACUAUAACGAACAACAACAAACAAAAAACGAGCAAGUUUGUAGAAUACCAAAGUUUUCUGAAAUCUUUAUCAAAUGCAGUUCCAAUGAGUAGUACUCAUCCAAAUGCCAAGAAGUAUAGAUUGCAUUAUAAACAUAAUAAGGAAGAGUUGUGUAAAGAAUUGUAUAAAUUGUACAAUGAGAAAGUAUUUGACAAUAAGUUACCUCGAGAUAUGCCGAUUGAAUGGAACGUCCGUAUGAGAGGGACUGCUGGUUAUUGUUAUAACAAGAAGACCACAAAAAGUCUUAGUGGUGUUGCUAGAUCUUCACGGAUUGUGUUAGCAACAAAGAUUUUAGAUACACCAGAUAGACUUAGAGAUACCUUGAUUCAUGAAAUGUGUCACGCUGCAGCUUGGCUAAUAAAUAAUGUCUCAGAUGGUCACGGGGCCUUUUGGACAGCAUGGGUUAGCAAAGCAAUGAAGGCAUUUCCUGAAUUGCCACCAAUUCGUCGAUGUCACGAUUAUGAUAUUAAAACUAAGUUUACAUAUAGAUGCACUAGUUGUGGCUACAGUAUUGGAAGACAUUCAAAGUCCUUGGAUAUCGAGAAGAAGCGAUGUGGUUAUUGUUAUGGAAAAUUUGAAUUGUUAAUUAACAAAACGACCAAGUCUGGCACUGUUCAAGUACAAACUCCACAAAAGAAACCUUCUGGUUUUGCGCUUUUUGUAAAGCAGAAUUAUAACUCUGUGAAAAAAGAGAAGAAUAGUAGAAAACAUGCCGAUGUGAUGAAGAUUUUAGGUCAGCAAUUUUCAGCAAUUAAAAUAGCAAAGAAAAAUGAUGAUUUAACUUUUGAAAAUAAUCCAGGGACAUCUAAUUAAAUAUUGAGUACAAAUCAAGUAUACAAAUCUAUACAAUGGAAUGAAUUUAAAAAAUCUAUAUAUUUAAUUUUUUAAACAUAUAUUUUAAGAUAAUUUUAGACACAUAAAUAUAUGCAGUUACAAUUUAUGAGUAUACAGUAUUGUACGCACAGUAUUUUGGAAGACUGAUCUUUUUUUACCAUUCCAGGCAUUCGUACAUAAAGAUAAUAUUUAAGGACGCAUACAAGUAUUUUUUAUACGUAAUGAUAAUAUUAAGUAUCAUAAUUAAGACUUGUAGUAGUUACUUAUAAUAAAGUUCAUUC